UUGUAAUUCAUCCGAGCAGUCAGGAAUACCCGAUGAGUGAGAAUGUCCGGAGUCAGUUUGAUCAAUUGCCCUGUUGUCAAGUCCAUGUUUGAAGGGAACAAAACCGAAAAGACCACCAAAAAAUUGGACGAACCAAGAAACAAGCCCAUAAUAACAUCUAGGGAAAAGACAGGCUGGCCAAUAUUCACCACCUAGAUACCGUUGUUAGAGUGGCUUGUAUCUUGACCUCUGAUAUGUAUGUCUUGUUAGGGCAUAGGGCAUGUGUUGAGGGCAAAAGACUGGGGCAUGACGCAGGCAGCUCUCCUCUUUCUACCUCUUUCUCCAAAGGGUCUCAGAAAGAAACCAUUCACACCUCUCAUCGACUUCCAUGAUUUAUUUUUCCUAAACUCACUGGCAAGUUGCUUAACAUCAUGUCGAGUCUUCUUAGGCUGCCGACAGAACUCAUUCUAGACAUUCUCUCUUUCUUUAACCCCGUUGAAGACACUGCAGAUUUGCUGUCUCUUUGUCGAGUCUCUAGGAAGCUAUACGCCUUUGCACAGCCAAUCCUUUACGAUCAGUUUUCCGAAGGAAGCUACUGCCCUGAUUGCCAUGACCCAGACUCAAGUCUUGACUCCCGAGGACCUCUGAUGUACUUUACUCGGACAAUCAUUGAUCGACCUGAUUUAGGUGCACGACUUCGCCGACUUCUUGUUAGCACAUGGGACUGGAACCAGGAUACGUUUAAACAAUGGCCAGAUGCUUUGGAGCCUGAUAUGGUGAAGACAUUGACUAAGGGUAUUCAACAGCUGAACACAAAGAAUAAGGCGCGAUGGCUUCCGGCGGUCCUAGGCCGUGUGACUAGUCCCCUCGUGGCCCUUUUGAUCUCACAGGCCCCAAAUAUCGAGUAUCUUCAUAUGAUUUUGGGCCAGGAUUGCUUAAAGGCACUCCUACUGCUAUUGGAGCGAGUUCCAGGCGACAACCCUGGCCCAACCUACCUCUCCAAGCUCAAAACAUUGAGUAUCAGGGACAAUUCAGGGGCAGAGAAUGGCCUAAGCUUGCGAAGUCUCAAGCCUAUCUUGCAUCUCCCUCGGCUGGAGCAUUUUUCCAUUACUCAUUGCGUUGGGAAUCAUGAAGAUGACAUCCCCUUUGAUAUGGAACCGGCAUCAAUUAACAUCUCAUUCAUGUCAUUUUGGGACAGCUCUAUCAGUGCAAAGUGCCUGGCAACACUUAUGAAGGCAUUCAAGUCUCUCAGAACCUUUAUUUACCAUGCCUCAAAUCAUCUACCCUACGAGCAGUUUGAAGCUUCUGAGGUUGAAGACAUCUUUUCUUCUCAAAGGCUCAAUAUUGAGGUUAUCCAUCUUGAGUUGUCAGCCGAUCCUGAUAAUAUGGACUGGGAUGAAUAUCCGAAAUACGAAUCAUUCGCCUCUUUUGAAAACCUUACACACCUCGAUGUGGAACAGGGCCCAUGGUCCUCUACCGUGGAGAUUCCUUCUUCGUUAGAAUACCUGGCAAUUCGGAACUGCGAAUACCCCAUCUUUGACCUUAUGGCGAAUAUAGCGAAACAGGGUGGUAUGAGUGACUCGCAGUUGGGUGAUGUCUAUAUAAAGCCAAAGGGUGCUUUUUGCGGAGGGCUACUAGGACUUUUGCCAUCGCUCAGCCUAGAGGAAGUUUCCAGUAACCCAGUACUUAAGUCAGUGUUCAAGAGAGCCUGCCGUCGAUUGAGUCGCAUCUUGGAGGAAAGUGGCGUGUUCGCUUUCAUGAUUGACUGUGAAAUAUGGGAAUUAUAUGUCGAAGGGGAGCUUUGAAGCAACAUGGUAUCAGAGUGUAAUUUGCAUGGAACUCUACCUGAUAGAUCUCCAGGGCAUUCUUUAAAUGAACCUGGCAUAGUCAGCUUGAUUCAGAACAAACAGUUGAGGAACACUGAGCAGGGUACUCUGAUUAUUGUUUAGGAUUUAAACCCAUUCCCCCCUUUUUUAUUUUUUAUUUCUAUCUCUUCUAUCUCUUUUUCUCUAUGAUAGCGAGAUGGCAAUGGAACGCAACAAACCUUGGCUUAUGAAAAGGAAGGGUCUCGAAGGGAAUGUUGGCGACUGUGUGGAUACCCAGUUGCCUGGGCCUGUAUCCUCAACCAAACGUGAUAUUAUUCUAACCUGUGCC